AUGAAUAAUAAGACUUUUACUAAUAAAUUAGACAUUGCAGAAGAAUUCAACAAGUAUUUUAUUAGUGUAGGACCAAGCCUGGCAAGCACCAUUGAUCAUUACAAUGAGGAGCCUACCAAAUACAUUAAUAAGUCACCAGUCUCAAGUUUUAUCAUGUCCCCUGUCGGGGCCCCUACCAAAUACAUUAAUAGGUCGCCAGUCUCAAGUUUGUACGCUUUACCAAAAUCUGAAUCAAAAUAAAACUUCACUAGAUAUUCCAAAUUAAUUUAUUAAAAUUGCCUCUGAGCCAUUAUCAAUACCCUUUACAUAUAUCUAUAACCAAUCUAUCGCAAACGGUAUAGUACCUGAUGUGUUCAAAACUUAUACCCUUAUUUAUCCAUUCUUAAACUAUGGUCUAGCCAGCUGAGGUGCUGCUCACAAAACUAGAUUAAAUAAAAUCCGCACUAAGCAGAAUAGAUGUAUACGGGGCAUGCUCUUUGCUCAUGGCAGAUAACAUGUCAACCCCUAUUAUAAUCUUCUUGGAAUCUUGAAACUUGAAAAUAUUUACAGACUAAAAGUAUCACUUUUUACAUAUAAACUAAAGAAAGACAAAAGUAACACUCCAGCGGCACUACUGAAUAUUCCCACACCUGCAUCAGAGAUUCACUCAUAUAAUACCAGGUAUGUUGCAAAUCAAAAUUUCUUUAAGCCAUCAGUACGCGCUAACUAUGGUAUGUCUACAUUUAAAUUCUCUGCGAUAAAA